ACAAUUAUAUAUCACAUUUAGUUCAAUCUGAAUCUAAUCUUCCAUCUAUUGAGAUUAUUUUUACCUAGUUAGACCAUUGUUUGCAGAAAUCAGUUUCUUAAUCUGUGGAGGGAAAAAGGAAAAAACAUCGACCAGAUCAUAGCGGCUUGUUGUGGGAUUAAAACGGCAUCACACAAUGAGGAAGAAUCCUUUAAAAUCAUCGAGAAGUUCUGUAAAUGUGAUCAAAAGCAAUAAAUACGACGAUGAAGAAGCAUUGUCCACAAUGGCCAGAAGUGUUUCAAUGCAAACAGCUGGUAGUAAACAAAGGUUAAUAGCUGAAGAAAUACUUAGACAUGGAAAUGCAAGAGCUGCUGGUAAGGUAUUCACUUUCCGAGAACUGGCUAGCGCGACAGAAAGCUUCAAUCCGGAGUUGCUAAUAGGCGAAGGCGGAUUUGGAAGAGUCUAUAAGGGACAUCUUAAGAAUAUAAAUCAAACUGUGGCUGUUAAGCAACUAGACAAGAAUGGAGUACAAGGAAACAGGGAAUUUCUUGCUGAAGUUUUAACGUUAAGCCUCAUUCACCAUCCGAACUUGGUUAAUCUAAUAGGCUACUGCGCCGAUGGACACCAGAGGAUAUUAGUGUAUGAAUACAUGAGCAAUGGUUCUUUAGAAGGUCACCUUCUUGACUUACCCUCAAAUAAGAAGCCUUUGGAUUGGUACACGAGGAUGAAGAUAGCCAAUGGGGCAGCUCGAGGACUUGAAUACUUACACGAUACAGCCAACCCUCCGAUUAUCUAUCGGGACUUGAAACCAUCUAACAUAUUAUUGGAUGCAGAAUUCAAUCCUAAGCUUUCUGAUUUUGGACUUGCUAAGUUGGGUCCCACAGGCGAACAGGAUCAUGUUUCGACUAGGGUGAUGGGGACGUAUGGCUAUUGUGCACCAGAGUACGCCCAUACAGGCAAGCUGAGUAAGAAAUCUGAUAUCUACAGUUUUGGAGUCGUGUUUCUGGAGAUUAUUUCAGGGAGGAGAGCUAUAGAUAACACAAAACCAACUGAAGAGCAGAACCUAGUUGCUUGGGCAAAGCCACUUUUCAAGGACAAAACAAAGCUCACGUCGAUGGUAGAUCCAUUGCUAGAAGGGAGGUAUCCGGUGAAAGGUCUGUAUCAAGCUGUUGCUGUUACAGCCAUGUGUCUUCAAGAUGAAGCUAGUACCCGACCCUUGAUUGCGGAUGUCGUUACUGCUCUUGAAUAUUUAGCCGAUGAGAAUGCUAACGAUGAGAAUAUUGAUGAUGAGAUUAAUAUUGCAGUAGAUACAUAAGUUGCAGAUCAUCAGUAUUAUAUUGCAUACUUUUCAGGCCUGAUUACUGGCAAAGAAGUGGAGAGGAGUAAAUUUGACUUCCAUUUUCCAUUUUGAUUUUAUAUCAAAUUGGUAAGUUUUGUAUUUCUUUAUUGAAAGAAUGUUGUUAUGCACUACUCAAUAAGACAAUGGAUAGAAACUA